AGUUGGGUUUUUUUUUUCACUUUUUAUGAAAGUUUUUAUUUAUAUAUUGUGUGUGGAUUGCUGAGGGUUUUAAGGUAAAAAUCACUUUUUUUUUAUUAAAGUUUUUUCUUUUUGGGUUCUUCAGUUUUGUUGAGUAUCUAGGAUUUUAUUUAUGUAGCUUUAGUUAUCAAUAUUCGAUCGUUUGUUAGGCUUGGUUAGAAGUUACUCAAAUGGGUAUCUUUUUUUAAAAGAAACUUGCUAAUGAAAGUUAACCUUUUUAGAUUUAUUCUCUGUGAAUGGUUAGUAUGAGUUUGAGUUAUUCUUCAGUGGUUUUGAGCAUCAAAUACUUCAAUAAAUUUAAGAAGGGAAUGGUUCAUUGUGAGUGAAAACCUUGUGCUUUCUUUUUUUGGUCUUUUAAAUUUGAACUCUAGCUUGGGUUAUGAAGCAAAAGAGCGAUUAAAGCUUGCUGUGUGUUUAUCUUGGUUUGAGGAGAAUAGUUUUGCCGUGAGGGGAAAACCAAGCGAGUGGACAAAAUCCUUUAGUUGGAAUCGAAGAUUUUAUGCCUAGCUUAGUUUGUGGUCUAAGCGUCUACUAAGAAAUGCUCUUUGGUGGUCCAGAAGAUAACGUGGCUGAAUACUAUCAGCAGCAGGUAGAAAUGCUUGAGGGUUUCAAUGAAAUGGAUGCCUUGGCUGAGCGUGGUUUUAUUCCUGGAAUGUCAAAGGAAGAGCGGGAAAAGUUGGCUAGGAGUGAGACAUUAGCCAUUAGAAUUUCCAAUAUUGCAAACAUGGUUCUUUUUGCUGCGAAAGUUUAUGCUUCAGUCCGAAGUGGCUCAUUAGCUAUAAUUGCGUCCACAUUAGACUCUCUUCUGGAUCUUCUUUCUGGCUUCAUCCUCUGGUUUACUGCAUUUUCCAUGUCAACACCAAACCCAUAUCAGUACCCAAUUGGCAAGAAAAGAAUGCAGCCACUGGGUAUCCUUGUUUUUGCCUCUGUCAUGGCAACUCUUGGACUGCAGAUAAUCCUGGAGUCAGUGCAAACAAUGAUAUCAGAUGAGGAGGAAUUCAACCUGACGAAAGAGCAAGAGAGAUGGGUUAUUGGCAUUAUGCUUGCAGUGACCCUGGUAAAGCUUCUCCUGGUGUUUUAUUGCCGUACAUUUACCAAUGAAAUUGUCAAAGCUUAUGCCCAGGAUCACUUCUUUGAUGUUAUAACAAACAUCAUCGGCCUUGUUGCUGCGCUUCUUGCUAAUUACAUUGAUGAUUGGAUAGACCCUGUUGGAGCUAUCAUUCUGGCUUUGUACACUAUCCGCACAUGGUCAAUGACAGUGUUGGAGAAUGUGAACUCAUUAGUCGGAAGAUCAGCUGCCCCGGAGUAUCUUCAGAAACUGACCUAUCUCUGUUGGAACCACCACAAGGCCAUAAGACAUAUCGACACAGUUCGAGCUUACACCUUUGGGUCCCACUACUUUGUGGAGGUUGACAUUGUUCUCCCAGCAAACAUGCCUUUGCAAGAAGCUCAUGAUAUUGGAGAAUCCUUGCAAGAGAAGCUCGAGCUACUGCCUGAGAUUGAGCGAGCCUUUGUUCAUCUUGAUUAUGAAUACACUCACAAACCUGAACAUGCACAGGCACAUGCUUGGUAGGCAGAAGCUAGAGAGUCUGAUGGUUUGUCUGUGAUGCUAUAUUUUUGUUGGUUAUUUUUGUUUCUACCAACGAAUUCUACAACUUGUGUAUGCUUGGGAAAAUUGAGCUAUAUAAAAGUAAUGUAAACUGAUGGUCAAUAUUAAUAAAACCCAGAUGUUUACUAA